UAUGGACAAGCAGUUGUAGACGACGACACCGAAUUCAAGAGAAACUCGCGGUACAAGUUAAUACUAUUCUGCCUUAAAAAAAAAACACACUGGCUAAUUUGGAGAGAUAGCACCCUGACGUCAUUUGCGUGUUUUGUCCCUGGUUCCGAUAGGGUCAAAACCUUCGUUUGGGAUACGUUUAAGUAGUUCAGGUUAGAAUAUAAGUUUAGGAUUCAGGUUGUUUUAGUUAAGUUUAGGGUUCAGGUUAGUUUUAGGGAUAUAUUUAGGACAUAAGUUCGCGGGUUGAGGGAACCAAGAUGGCGGCCACGAUGCUAUCUCUCUAUUAGCAUUAGUUAUAGUACUAGUAGCUGCGAUUUAAUAUAUUGUUUUUUGUUGUUUUGAAAACAUCAAAAUAAAAGCUUUUAAAAUAUCUGAUGAGGCCUAGGCAGCAGGCCCAUUCUCAACUAGGUAUUUUUGUAAAGCAAGGAAGACGACUUGAACUACUUCAAAAUUUGUAUUGGAAAUAUGCAUCAGUACAUACAAGUUUUUUUCAAAUUUUUGGAGGUUACGGCUUUUUCUUUGAUUUGAUAAAUGGAUUAUUUUGUAAAUAUAAUUUUCGAAGUGUCUACACGUCCGGCGCGCCGGACAAAUAGUGUGGGAGAUAUGCGUCCGGCGAGCAUGUCACGUGACGGCUGGACGACUAGUAGGCGUUAUUAUUCCGAAGGAGGUAUCUAUUUAGAAGAUCUUGUGUGGUCAUGUGGUAGUGUGGCCGCUUUACGAUAUUAUAUUUGUGGAUCGAUUCCCCGCAUGGAAAACCUUUUUUCCCCCAUUUUAAUUAAAAAUAUUUUAUAUUAUAUUUAUAUUAUCAUGUUCAUUAGCAACAGUAGUUUUAUGAUAAGUUUUAAAAUAUUUUUAGCAAUUUAAACAAUUUAAAAUGUUUACUUUACAAUUUAAAAUCUUUUACUUUUAUUGGUUGCCUACUCCAUACUGAAUACUUGCCCCUAAUUAUAUUAUGGGUUGCUGGUACACAAACUCAAAUAACAAACUGAACAAAAAUAUUUACAAGCCACUUUCACUUCAGUUUUUUUCUAUCAUUUGCAUGCAAGAUGUACAUUACUUGGUAGAGAAAUAGAUUUUAAAAUUAACAAUAGUUUUGAAUCAUUCGCGGUCACGUAACAAGACUGCUGGACAAAAUAUCUCUCGCCACUUUGUUACGGCGGUCAUUUGACUUGGUCGCCGGACAAAUAGUGCGGGAGAUAUACAUCAGGCGCGCCGGACGUACAGACACUGCCUAUAAUUUUUGUAUCAUUCUGCACAUUCACUUAAGAGUCUGUACUUGAGUAAAAAAAUAGUUCAUCGAUGGGUAGGAGAAGUUGGGCCCUAAGCAUAUUAUUCAAUUGGGUAGAAUGCUAAUUGUCCUUGGCAUCAUUCACUCUGGAAAGAGCGGAAUGCUUACUUCCAAACAUAUUCAGGAUGAAUCAUUGAAUGUAGCCUUAGCAUUUCAGAAAAAAAAAAUUAACUCUAAAAAUGAUACUGUAUAAAAAUAGCUUCUUUAAUACUUGUUAAAAAUGUGCAUGUUAUGUAACGAAAUAAUGAGAUCAUCAUUAGAUUAAUCAUGUUGUAAAUAUGGUAAUAAUUUAAUAUUUUAUAAAUAAUGUCAACUUCGGCCAUUAAAAAAUUGAAGGCGGUGUGGUCAAAAGAAGGCUAAGUGAUUUUAUGAUGAUGCCCGUAAUACGGAUGAGCAUAACGCAAGCUGGCCAUGACCUACAUCAAUGAGACUUAGCUCAAAUAUGCAUCAAUAUUCACUGCUCCCUGAGAUUUAAUAUGGAAGACAGUUAUAUUUGCUCACAAAAAAAUAGGAAGAGGGCUUAUAUUAAUGCACAAAAUGUGGAGUCGCAGGCCAUGUAUGACAUAGUAAAAAAAAUUGUAAAUGAACUUGCCCUUGCAUUUUAAAAAUUAAAAGCUUAAAAACUUAGGUAGAAUUUUGAUUCUGGUUUUAUUUUUAUUAAUUUAUUUAAUAAAUUUUGCUCCAAACAACAAUACUAUUUUUAUUAUUUUUUGGAAUAUCGAAUAAUUUUUUUUUGGACUAAAGUACUUAGUCGAGCUUAUAUGUUUUUGGUUAGAUCAUAUAAUUUUAAUGUACUAAAUUGAAAACAAAUGAAAUGGGCUUAUGCAUGUGUAUUAUAUAUUAAUUAUAUAUAUAUUGACACUUGUAUGGAAGAGGUUUUAAAUGAUUAUUGGAAGCUUUUUUUAUAUGUGUGUGUAUAAAACUAGUUUCCAAUAAUCAUUUAAAAGGCUUCAAUAUGAAUGUCAAUCAUUAUUGCUGUGCCCAUGUCUAUUUUAUCUUACAGAGUCUAAGGCUUUAAAGUUGUGGUUUAUUUAAUUUAAGUGAAAAUCUAUUUUAAUCAUCAUAGUACAUUUUUUCAUCUCUCUAGGAAUAGGAAACAAAUAAAACUGGAUAACUUAAACGUUAUGAACCCACUGGUGCAACAGCAGGUUGUAAGUUAUUUUUAUUAUUGUUAAGUUUUAUAUUCAUCAGACAUUACAAAGUUAUAGUUAUAUUUAUUCCACAAUCACAAUAAUUAGAAGUAUUUUUAACACACAACUACAAAUGGCCAUGAUCUUCUUUUUGCACUAAAACCCUUUUUAUACAUUGUGUACAAUAAUCUCCUGUCUUUUAAUUAUUUUUUUUAUGUUCAUGUUAACUCAGAGAGCCAUGAUGCCACAACCUCCUAUGCAGGUAGACAGGGAAAGAAUUUAUCAAUGGAUUAAUGAUCUAUCUUCUCCUGAGACUCGUGAAAAUGCCCUCUUAGAAUUAAGGUAACUCUAACUAAUGUGAUGUCCUGUUAGAUCUGAGUGCAGCCUUUGAUACCGUUGACCAUCAAACACUUUUCAAAACCCUUGAAAUUUAUUUUGGUAUAUCUAGUUCAGUUUUGGCUUGGUUUCGGUUUACCUCUCCGAUAGAAUGCAGACCGUUGCUGUUGAUGGCUGUCUCUCCGGUAGUGCUGACUUGGUGUACUGAGUGCCACAGGGAUCCGUUUUGAGUUCUGUCCUAUUUACAAUGUAUACCAGGCCAUAUCUCCUCCUGCUCGGGAGGUAUGCUGUUGAGAGCCAGUCAUUCACUGAUGACAUGCAGCUAUACAAGCAUACCUAUCCCUCUACUGACAAUUCCACAAUCCACACCUUGCAGGAGUGCAUUGGUGAUGUAAAGUCAUGGAUGACUCUCAGCAAGUUGAAGCUUAACGAUGACAAAAGAGAAGCACUCCUCAUUCAUAAUCGUGACUCAUCCUCUAACUCAGCUCUCCCCAUCUCGUUUCAAGUAGGUAGCUCCGAUAUAGAGUUUACAUCCUCUGCUAGGAAUCUUGGUUACAUUCUUUCUGACAACAUGUCUCUCAAUAAUCAUUUUCCUCACAUAUGUCGCUCUUUGUACACCGCUAUCUGUCACAUAAGCUCCAUCUGCCACUGCCUCGAAGUAAGUGCAACAAAAACACUAGUCUGUGCUCUUGUUCUCCCUCGUCUGGACUAUUGUAACUCUCUUCUGUCAGGCUCACCAAAACAUUUCAUAGAAAAACUGCAGAAUGUUAAAAACUCAGCUACUAUGUUAGCUCUAAAGGCAAAGAAAUGUGAUCACGUCACUCCUCUUCUUCACUCACUUAAUUGGCUCCCUAUACAGGCACGCACCUUUGAAAGCUUCGUUCCUCCACAGACACACAUAUUUUUUCUGUUCCCAGAACACGCACUAAAACAUAUGGUGAAUGAUCUUUCUCUUUCUGUGCCCAAAAUAAUGGAAUUCUCUCGCAUUACACAUCCACAAUUUAACGACUAUCACAGCCUUCAAAACUGCCCUAAAGACCCAUCUCUUUAAACUGUACUUACCGACUCAUUCUCACUCCACUCUGACUGAUAAACAACACUUGAUUCUGCUGGGUGCUGUCCAUGGCAAGACAGUGGUAGAUAGUACUUGGGUGGUGAGGUCAAGCUUUUCACUUGUUUUUUUUAAAUGUAUAUGUUUCAGUAAUUGCUAAUUUUUAUGUGAAGCGCAGUGAGCCUAGCCCUAGGCUGGGGUGCUGCGCUAAAUAAAACCACCUAAUAGUAAUAAUAAUAAUUAUUAUUAUUUCAUAACAUUUGUUUUCUUUAAUAUCUUUUUGACAGUCUUUUCUUUGCAAUGGGAACAUUAAAUUAAAAUAUUUUUUUUCUAGCAAAAAACGUGAAAUCGUUCCGGAUCUUGCUCCCUUAUUAUGGCAUUCUUUUGGAACUAUAGCUGCACUUUUACAAGAAAUUAUACAAAUUUACCCCUGUAUUCUCCCUCCAGUGUUAACGGUUAGUGUAUAUUUGUUCAUCUCUAGAUGUCUUUAUUUCAUUUUUGUGUCUGUAUGCAUUGAAAUAUCCUUAUUGUAGUAAUGCAGUGUUGUUUGUCUUAAGUUGUGAUAUAUCAUUAAUUAUGAAGGAUGUUGUUAAAUUUUUUUUUUAAUGGUUAUAUAUUUUCACUGCUCACAGUCUCCUGAAAUAGUCUUAUUUCAGAAAUAUUUGUAAUUUCAGGCAUCACAGUCAAAUCGUGUCUGCAAUGCCUUAGCCUUACUUCAAUGUGUAGCUUCACAUCCAGAAACAAGAUCUGUUUUCCUUUCAGGUGUGUUAUUUUGGUUUUCAUAAAAUGGGCAAAAUUUUUCAUACUGAUUUUGAUCAUUUUAAAAUAUUUGAAUUAAAGCAAUGCUUAUUAUGAUAGCAUGUAAAAUAUUUGAUGUUUAUAUGCAAUUUAUCUUUACGUCAACUUAAUUAGUUAUAUUCUUUUUAAACAAAACCAAAGCCAUUGUAAUAGUAUAAUAAGAUAUCAACUCAGUGCUGUGGUCUGUGCAACAACUAAUCUUUAUUCUUAUUCUUCAUUCUUUUUAUACCCCACAUGACCACUCACUCUCCAGUUCCUUAACCGAUAUUCAUACAUUUAACUUUAAAAAUUAAUGAAAACAACUCACCACAUCUAGUCAUGCAACAUAACAACACAAGACAAUCAGGUCACAAAGUUCAGUAAAUACACACAACAAUAAUCAUCAGUCACUCAUACUGUUACAGCCAUUAUGUUAAUCCUUUCAACACCUACAAUAUGUAACUUCAGAAAAAAGGUGUACAAUUUUGAAUAUGAGUGCAUACGGUUUCACUAAAUAACAAAAUCGACCUGUCAUAACAGUCACAGUGGCUGGUGAGCCAACAAAUUCACUUUUGAAAAAUGGCAAGGACAUCAUUUUUCUAUAUCAAUUUUGGAAAUAAUUUUUAUAAUCUGAUUGGGUAAUGUUAAUAAGAAUUCUCUUACUUACAGUUUAGAUAAUAAUUUACUGUCAUAAGUUAAAAGAGCAGAAAGUGAGACAAGUGGUUUUAUGUGCUUAGGUCAAGUAUUGAGGGGAAAAUUAAUCAUUAUUAAAUGAACUUUCUCUUCAUCCCGUGGUUUUGAUACCCAUGCUCUUGUUGUCUAUCCAAUCUUCACUGGCUCCAUUUUCUUCAUUUGCGAUUUUGACUAUUUCAUAAAUUGUAAAAUUAACAAACAAGUGGAAGUUGUUUUAAUUAAAUAGCAUAUUUGAUGGGAUUUCAAAUUGAAUAACACAAAUGAUCACAAGUAAAUGAUCCCAUAACCCCCUAGAUACGUGAAAUCAUUUAUUGAUGGAGGGGUCCCCCAGUUCUCCGGUUGACAAGUCUGUGGUGGCUUGUCGAUUAGGAGGCGUCGGCCACUGACCCCCUCGACGUUACCCGGGGAACACAACUACUGGGCGCGCCCCGCGUGGGCAGACAAGGGAUGUGCUCCGUACCUGCCGUACAUAGAACAGCUCCCACAGGAAUGCCAGAUGGGAUAAUUCCCAAAUGGAAGAAAAGGCAGAGACAGGGUAGGGAUCAUGAUUACAAGUUGCCUUUAAUGGAUAGGAGGCGAAGAGGUUGGGGAGGGCAUAAAAAGCGCAAGCUGGACGGCCCGCUGAUGCUAUUUCUUAAUGUAAUAUAUAUUGAUGGAGGGCUGAGGAAUCACUAGGGUUGAUGCCAUUCAGUGUGGUAAAUUCAUUAUAAACACCCCCCCCCCCCCCCCCCUCCCCCCCCCCCCCAAAUUAAUUCUUAACCAAAUCAUACAGAAUAGCUUAAGAAGACAAAAUAGAAUUUUAGGUAACAUCGUUAAAGCAAUUAUCAAUGUAUCAAUCAAUGCAUCAAUCAAUGCAUCAAUCAAUGCAUCAAAGUUACUUUAUAUUGAAGCAUUAAUCUUAACAAAACUAUACUUUUUCUGGUCUUCAAAGAUGCAAAUCUGUAAAUCACUUCAACAAAGUUAGCAUUUCUCACCUUUUUCUUUUCUUCAACUGACAAAACUUUUUCAUUUUUGAUUGCAAAUAGAUAUUUAUAAGUUUCAUUUUUAAAAAGCUCAUCUUACAUGGCACCACAGAUACACAGAUCGUGAGAAUUAUUACAGGCUUAAUGAGAAGAUUGUGAGAUUCUAAGAAUUCCCCUAAGUUAUGAAUUUUAAAACAUAAAAUAUUGAUAUUGACCCAUCUUUCACUUUGUCUCCUGGGCCAGAUACCCUUGAGCCUUGAUUGGACAUAAAUAUUGUACAUAUCAUACAACGAUGAAAAUUAUAAACAAAACAUAAACAUUUGCUGUUACUUUAAAAUAACAAUAUAUAAAGUAAAUUGACAUAGGAGCUAAGUUUUCAUUUAAAAAAAAAAUUAAAGUGAACACCGCUAAAUCAUGACCCUGCCUAGAGCAUCACAAACUUAAGCUACGGGACUAAACAAAUGGAAAAAUGCCCUAGACGCUGUUGUGGCAACCUGUUCUUGAGGCACUCUGUGCAGUGGCACGCUGUUUGUUGGAACCUGCUCUUGAAUUUAACUUGGAUGUGUCAUAAAACCGACUCUAGCGAGCUAUUUUUUAAAUUUUCCAUUUGAUCUUCUCAGGGUUGCCAACCCUCCGUAAAUUUAUGACAUGUCUGUAAAUGUCUGAAAGAACAUUUGAAUGUCCGUACAAAAAAUGUGGCAAUCAAACAUUUUUUGAAGCUUGCUUUAAACUUUUAUACUCAAAAUGCAUAUAUGACAGAAAACUGGUGAGAAUGGCAUAUAAAAAGCUAAAGCUUAAAAAUUAGUUCAUGCCUAAUGGUCAGAUAACACAGAGUUAUGGUAAUAGAAACAUACAUGUUUCAUAUUUGACAUGAUAAAUAGAGUUACAGAAAUAUGGCCGUACAGGUGUGAAUUUUUUUUUAGCUAUAUUGUUUCAACAACGUAACUUGAAAAAUUUUUCCAUAAAAUUUUGCUAGUCUGUGAAAAUUGUUAAGAUAUAGAAUAUUUGUCAAAAAACUUUUCCUAUUAUUUUGGCACCCUGGGUAUCACCCUGUGCAGCCCGCAUCCCUCCGGUGAUGACACUGGGCCUCAUUCUAGUGAUAGUUCCCAAGCAAGCUGGGUUUGUUCAUAAGUGUUUUUAUUUAAAAAAUCCCUCACUUGCCUUUAUAUGAACUUUAAACUAGAUAAACUUUAACAUUAAUUUAAAAGUAAAUAAAUGUUUACAUGCAUGUUGGUAAAACAAUGCUACCAAUAUUUUCCUCAGUUUUUGUACUUGAAAGUGCCCCUUUGACCUUGACAUUAACCUUUAUUGAUCUUGAUAAGAAUUUUCAUGAAUGGUGUAGGUGCAGAUGUUAUUGGUCAUAUAUAAUCUCGGUUAAGGGAUUAAAUGUUAAUACAGCCAAUCUUAAGAAUGUUUUAAUACAAGCCAUCUUAAGAUAUGUCCACUAAAAACUUGAUGGUGUAAGUCUUUCGAAGUCCCAAAAAACAUGUCCAAUUGUUUGAAAAGUUGACAUUACAUGGGGGUUAAAUAUUUUAUGUAUUCGGAUUUAAAUUUGGUCCAUUGAGGUAGCGAUUUCUAUAAAAAAAUAAUUGACUUUUAUUUAGUGAAUUUUUUGAGAAGCAUGACUGUUGAAAUGUCACAUUAAGAAAUGGUGUCAGCUGGCCGUCGAGCUAAUGCUCUUAUGCCUUCCUCAAAGCACCCCCGCUAAGCUCGGUAUCAAGCCACAAAGCUGCACGCUGGAGAUGCCUCUUUGCUAGGACAGCCCUCAACCAAGUCCGCUCGAUCCGGUUCCGCUGGGGGCCGCCCCAACCCAAAGACACCUGGUCGGUCCGACACUGUGUUUGCACUUGUUUGCACACAGUGCACACGAUCGACUUUCUCAUGAGCCGGGAUGACUGUUAACUAGUUUUAUUAACAAAACUGAUAUACCUUAUUUUUUUGGUUUCCAGCUCAUAUUCCCUUGUUCCUGUAUCCCUUCCUGCAUACAGUGAGUAAAACUCGUCCAUUUGAGUACUUACGACUUACAAGUCUUGGUGUAAUUGGUGCCUUAGUCAAGGUAAAGUAUACAAACAAAAUGACAUUUUGUUAAAUUAGGUUAUUUUUUCAAGAAAUAAGACUUCAACAUGGUUACCUUGUGACCUAUGAGGAUUAAUAUUGAAAACAGGGUAGGUGACUUUGAUUAUCAUAUCCUUAAUCCUCAAAUGUAACAGCUCUAUAUUCAAAAAGGUAUCUUCAAAAACACACUUAUGCAGUCAGGCUUAACAUAUGACCUUAAAAUUGUAAAUUAAUGCAGACAUGUAACUUGAAUUGAAAAAAAUCCCCAGUAAACCCACUGUAGAGAAUAAGAGACUAGAAGAUUAAUGUAUAUAUUUUAAAAUGAAGUUUAUGUUUAAUUAGAAUCAUUAUAUAUCUGCAGACUGAUGAGCAAGAAGUGAUUAACUUCCUUCUGAACACAGAGAUUAUACCUCUUUGUUUAAGAAUCAUGGAAGGUGGCAGUGAGCUAUCUAAAACUGUAAGUGUGUAUUUCAACAUGUACUUUUGUAGCACCUGACAGAUUACUUUCUUUGGUAUGGCAUCACUUCAGAUUUUGUUUAGAUUCAUUUUCACUACCGUGAAAUAAAUCAUGUAAGCUUUGUGACUAUGGGCAAAAUUGAGCUGAUUCAGUUAUCAGUCUGUGUACAUAAAAGAUAUGUUUGUAAAUGGUGGAAAGCAUACAUCUGUGCUUGGGUUUUUUCAUACAAUAAUUGCCUAAAAUAGUCCAAAAAGUUAGGCAACUAUUACUUAAAGCUUUAUACCGUGAGUAUAAAUUUAAAAAUCUUUUAAUAAAGAUGAUUUUGCUUUCAGGUUGCAACUUUCAUCUUACAGAAAAUUCUUUUAGAUGAGACUGGAUUGUCAUAUAUUUGUCACACUUAUGAACGUUUUUCACAUGUGGCAAUGAUUUUGGUAAGUUUUUUUUCUCAUUUGAAAUGGUUUGGCUUAGUUGAAUUUGAACAAUAUUAAGUUGAAAUAGCUGGAAAUGAUAUAAAAUUCCUUUGACAGUAAAAAAAAAAUUUGAAUGAGCUUGUUUAAAUAUUUUUGAUCCUCUUAGGGUAAAAUGGUGCUUUCACUUUCAAAAGAACCUUCAGCACGCUUACUGAAACAUGUUGUUCGUUGUUACCUUCGUCUUUCUGAUAAUUCUAGGUAAGUUAUUUUGACCAGGGUGAUUUUGAUAUACAGUUAAACUUCAUGAUGAUCUGAAUCCAUAAAUUGGAUCACGUUAUAAUGUUCCCUGCGAAUAGUUUUGGGAUUCUUAAAAUGUAGGAACAUGGGUAAUUUUGUUUUAAAAAGCCUUUAUUUUUUAAGCUCUUGAUGUUGAAGUUGAGCUAGUUGUAGUGUAUUUGUAUUAGACUAAAUAUUUUAACUCUUGUUUGAAAAUACAACAUUUUGGGAGCAUUAUAUUAUAUCCAAAUUUGCAUAAUUAUAGUGGGGUUCCAACAAACUUUACUUUCAACAUUACAAUUUAUUUUUAUUUAAAGGCUUAUUUCACAAGUUCAAAAGAAUUAUUUCUCUAUUAAAUCAGAGCAAGAGAAGCACUUCGUCAAUGUUUACCAGAUCAGCUUAAAGAUACCACCUUUCAAACCUGUCUUAAGGAUGACAAUACCACAAAACGUUGGCUUGUUCAGCUUCAGCAGAAUUUAUCUGAAACCGCAACUGAAACUGCUGGAAAUAGACCCAUGUAAUCUUACUGAGUGAAGCCAUAAAUGCUUUGCAUUAAUUUGGAAAUGACUUUCUUAGUAUUAAGAAUUGGAGAGAUACCUUAUGUAAUAAGCCAGGAUGUCAGCUGGAAUAUGAUCAUUUUUUAAAUUAAACAAAUUUUUAAUUUAAAAAAUGUAUUCUAUAACCCUGAGAUUGGACUUCAACAUUGUGAGUUACAAGCCAAAAAUAAUUUUUACCAUUUAUUUGUAUCUUCUAGCUUGUUAAAAUGUUUCUACUUAACAGUUGAAAAAAGAUGAUGUGAAGUAAAAAUUGCACAGAUAUUUGCAACGAAUGAGCUAGUUUACAUUAAAGUUUGAUAAGAAUGAAAUUUUUGUUGUAUUGUUUAAAAAUGUAAUUGUGAAGAUAAAUUGUGUGAAAGAUGAAAAGAAAAAAAUUAAGUUUAAGUUUAAAAGCUUUAAUUUCAACUAAGCCAUUUUGAUUGACAGGCCUUCUAUAUUCAAAGCAUUCCUUUGUUAAUAAUAGUUGGCACAGUAUUGUUCUGUAAAUAUGUUUAAAAUAGUUUUGUUUUAACCACAAGUUGUAAUUAAUAAAUAUCACCACUUGAAAUUUAUGAAAUGUAAGUAAAGCUAUUACUUAUAAUUCAAAAAUGUCUUAUAAAAUUAAAUCUCUUUAGUGUCGGUUGUUCUUCAAAUGUUUGAUACAAAUUUUUGCUAAUGAGAGAAAUUUAUAGAUGAAUUACACUGGCUUCGCUAUCAUUGAUUGACAUUUUAAAAAAAAAAAGAUGAAAUAUGCUUAUAUUUGAGACCCUCAUAGUCAUAGAACUGUUAAUUCAGGCUGGUUAUGGCAAUAGCUGUGUAUAUAUUUUUGCAAAUAAAAUAUUGCAUUUGUAUGACUUUUGUUAAUUUUUAUCACUAUCUUCUAAUAUAAAUUAAUUUUUGAACAAUAGACACUACAUUUAUCUAUACACCUUAUGGGGAUCAAAUAUAUAUUGCAUUACAUUUUCAAUAUGAGGAUAUUCAACUGUUUCCAAAGUUCCAUUAACUAUUUUUUAAUAAUUAUGGAAUUCCAAUAUGCCCUCUAAAGUUUACUUGGAAGUCUAAAAAGGGUAUAAGUAUAAUGAUUACUGUUUAGACUUUCAUUUCUCCAUAAAUUAUAUAGUGUGAAAAUUAUUACAUUAACUAUGGUCUCCCA